AUGGGUGAUUUGGAUUUCAGUAUCGAAAUCCACCAUGGUGGCAAAUUUAUUGACAGUGGACAACGAUUAGAGUAUUUAGGAGGAAUGGUUGUGGAGGAUUUACAUUUUGAGGUUGAUGAAUGGUCAUUACAAGAGAUUGUCAGUCAGCUAAAGCAACUAGGGUAUAAGGGUUUCGCUAGGGUCUGGUACAAGGAACCUGGGAUGGAUUUGAAGUUAGGUCUUAGAGAGUUGAAGUCCGAUGGGGAUGCGAUGAGAAUGGCUAGGUCACUGGUGUCAAAUUCCUGCAAACAUUGCGAGGUAUAUGUUGUCGAUGGAGCCAGAGAAAGUAAUGGGAUUCAGAUCACUUCAACUGAUGCUGAUUAUGUGCCAGAGGAAGGUGAGGACAAUGCUGAUGAUGAUGGGUUGUUAGAGGUUGAAGUGGAUGCUGAGUCAGAGCCUUCUACUGAAGAAGAGGUAUUUGAUGAUAGUGCUGACGAUGGUGACCAUGAUGAUCAGUUUGGGUUUGAGGUGGAGGAUAAUGAUCCACCAUCAAAUGCAUUUGGGGAAUUUACUGGUCCACUAAAUGAUGAGAGAACUGCAGCAGCUGGAACAGCUGAAGGUGAUGAAGGUUUAAGGGAGGGUGAUGAGCAAGUUGGGGGCUUAUCUGAUGGAUAUGAGACUGAUGACAUAGAUAGUUAUGAGGGGGACUCUGAUGAUAUGAUAAAAAAGAGGAGGUUCCCUAAGUACAAUGAGGCAGAGAUGAACAGAGAGUAUGAAUUUCAGGUGGGGUUGGAAUUUAAAUCACUUAGUCAAUUCAAAGAGGCUGUUAAGGAGCAUGCCCUAUUGAAUGGUAGGGACAUUAGGUUUCGAAAAAAUGAUAAGGUGAGGUGUAGAGUUGUUUGCAAAGGAAGAAAGGGAAAGUGCAAGUGGGUUUGUUUUGCGAGUAAGGUGGGGGGUUCUGACUGUUUCCGGAUCAAGACGUUGAAUGGAAAGCAUACAUGUGGAAGGAACUAUAGCGGAAGACUUGCAUCAAGUAGUUGGAUCUCAAAGAAGAUUGCCAACAACAUCAGUAGAGGGGAAGAGAUGAAGCUUGCGACAGUUAUUCAGACUAUACAAGACAAAUACAUGGCCAAUAUCAGUGUUGGUAAGGCUUACUGGGCAAGGAGGAAGGCAAGAGAAGAGGUACAUGGGCGGGCAAUCCAACAGUAUGCUAAACUAAGGGAUUACUGUGCAGAGAUACUUAGGGCAAAUCCAGGAUCUAGUCUGACCAUAUUGGUUGAUAGGCCUUCUCUUACGCACCAGCCCCGAUUUAUGAGAAUGUACAUGUGCCUUGAUGCAGUCAAGAAAGGCUUCUUGGCGGGGUGUAGACCUAUUAUUGGCGUGGAUGGAUGUCACUUGAAGGGCGACCAUGGACAGCAGCUGCUAGUUGCUGUUGGCAGAGAUCCAAAUGACAAUUACUUUCCCAUUGCCGUAGAUGCAGUAGAGGCAGAGACUAAGGACAGUUGGGGGUGGUUCUUAGAGAUGCUGUUAAAUGACAUUGGAGAAUCAAGAAAAUGGGUUUUAUGA